GCGCGGGGGUGGCGCCGGGCGCGUCCCCGCCCCGCGUGACGCCGGCACGGAAACGGCUCGGGGCCGCCAUGGAGUUCCCGGAGCUGGGGGAGCACUGCUCCUGGCCCCCCUGCCAGCGCCUGGAUUUCCUGCCCCUCAAGUGCGACGCCUGCCAGCAGAUCUUCUGCACCGACCACGUCGCCUACGCCCAGCACGCCUGCACCUCCGCCUACAAGAAGGACGUGCAGGUCCCCGUGUGCCCGCUCUGCAACACGCCGGUGCCCGUGAGGCGAGGGGAGAUGCCCGACGUGGUGGUGGGCGAGCACAUCGACCGCCACUGCAAGGCCGACCCCGCGCAGCGCAAGCGCAAGAUCUUCACCAACAAGUGCUUGAAGCCCGGCUGCAAGCAGAAGGAGAUGAUGAAGGUGAUCUGCGAGCAGUGCCACAGGAACUACUGCCUGAAGCACCGGCACCCCCUGGACCACGACUGCAGCGGGGCUGGGCACUCGCUCUCCAAAGCUGGACACGCCGCGCUCGCUAGGGCCCAGGCGUCCUCCUCCAAAGCAGUGACCACACCAAGCAGUGGAGCUGCCCGGCCCGCAGACAGCCCCUCCGCCAGAGGCAGAGCAGCCGCGUCCCAGACCCCCAGCACCUCCCCGCCGGCUGCCGUGCUGCAGAACGGACUGAGCGAGGAGGAAGCGCUGCAGCGGGCUCUGGAGCUGUCCCUGGCGGAGUCAGCACAGGGCUCGGCGCAGCCGCCCAGCACGCAGGAGGAGGAGGACCUGGCGCUGGCCCAGGCGCUGUCGGCAAGCGAAGCCGAGUACCAGCAGCUGCAGCGGCAGGCGCACGGCUCGAAGCCGUCCAACUGCAGCAUGUCGUAGGCGGCAUCCUGCUGGGGCACGAGGGACAGACAGCCGUGGCCUCCCCCGGGGAUGCCGUCAGGGCAUCCUGGACAUCCUGGCACCAUCUCAUCUCCCCGGGGACAUGGCCAGGCACCAUCUCAUCUCCCCGGGGGCUGUCGGCCAGCCACCAAACGCACACGGACAUCUCAGCCCCGCGUGCAGGGGGUGCGGCAAACCCCUGGUGCUCCCGCGGGGGUGCAGGCUGGGGGCAAGCCCGAGCACACGCUGGCUGAAGCGAGCAGCGGUGCACGGAGGGUGCUGAGCCCGCAGCUGGUGUCCUGUCACCGCUGGGGGAUGUGGGGAGAGGGCAGGGCUGGCCUGGGGGGGGGCUUCCCCCCCUUCUCCAGCCAUGCUGCAGGUCAUCCCCUCUUCGGCAGCAGCAGCAUGCAGCUAGGGUUGGAGCACAGCACCCUCCUUCCCUGCGGGCAGGAGCUGAUCCCCGGGCUGGGGUCGUGUCCUGCCAGCCUCCUGGGGGAGGUCGGUGCUGCCCCGUGCUGCUUUCUCGCCGGCUCUCUCAGGUUUCCCUGCUGGACCUGCUCCUGCCCGUGCGGAUGUGCCUGGUUCUGCGGGGCUGGGCACCCGGCAGCGGCGCCUCCCCGGGCUGGAGCUGGGUUGGGGGUGGGCUGGAGGAGUGCUGAAACGUGUCAAAGUGCUGCUUGGGAGAAAAUAAAGGCAUAGCACAA